CACGGCAGUGUGGGCGUGUGCGUGUGCGUCGUCUCUUUGAGAGAUGGCUUCGAGUUUGUGAGACGGACUGACAGGUGUCCACGAUGAGGGGAACGGAACUGCUGCUCGCCUCCUUCUUGGUGAAAGUUGUCGUAUGCGAUGCGGAAGGCGAGCGGACGGAGGCUGCGGACGACUUCUUGAUAAUGUCUGGAUUCAACGAGUCCAGGGAGGACGGCGGCACCACCGACGCCCCGCACACGGAGGACAAGUGCCGCGGCUAUUACGACGUGAUGGGCCAGUGGGACCCGCCGUUCGUCUGCAGGACGGGCAGCUACCUGUACUGCUGCGGCACCUGCGGCUUCCGCUUCUGCUGCGCGUUUAAAAGUUCGCGGCUGGACCAGACAACAUGCAAGAACUACGACACCCCGCCGUGGAUGAUGACGGGCUCCAGACCCCCGCAAAAGAAAGUCGACGCCGGACUCGAAACCGCCAAGGACAAAACGAACCUUAUUGUGUACGUAAUAUGUGGGGUUGUGGCCAUAAUGGCGCUAAUCGGGAUUUUCACUAAACUUGGUUUAGAAAAAUCACACCGUCCACCAAGAGACAUGUCAAGGGCCCUUGCCCAUGUGAUCCGCCAUCCUGCUCCAGGAGAGCACACUGACGAUAUUGGAAUGCAUAGGCAGCACUACGAGAACACACAAGCCAGGGCAGUGGUUAACAGUCAACAAGGCGGCCAGAUGAACAAUGUGGGUCCUGGAUCGGCUUUGAUUACACAUCCGUACCCUGCACUGGGACAGAUCACUAGCCCCUAUGAUCCACAGCAGCCGGGCAAGGACCUCAACAAGUACGCCUCGCUAAAGGCUGUGGCAGAGAAAUCCAAUGAAAAUUUCUACCCCAAUCGACUGCCGAUGGUUGAGAUAACGACGAAGGGCAGCCUUCCUAUGGAGCCCAUGGAUAUGGAGCCAGAGCCCAGCAAUCCUUACAGCCCGACCAAACAGCCCUUGGCAGGUCAGAAUGGAGUCAAGUACAAGAGUGCAAAGAGGCAAAACUCCCAGUCGCAGGCCUAUGGCUCCAGUUCCAACACUGGCACCAACCUCGGGGUCCUAAAGAGCUGGGAGGGGAAUGACUCAAUGGGGCUUCGGCAGACCCAUGGCCCAAAGAAACACCUCACCAAGGAGCUGAAAACCACCCGCUACGUGCCCCAUUCCAGCCAAGCUUACUUUGUCACCAACAGCAAGACAGAGGUGACUGUUUAA